AUGAACGCUGAUUACUUCCCUCCUACACCUGUUCAUUCAGUCGAUUAUACAUCUAUGGCUGAGACAGCACCAGCAAACCAAUGGAACCCAUAUACACCCUCUCGUGUCACCCUUCAUCUCGGACACUUGCCAAGCAAGAAAGAUAUCAAGGCUCCGUGCCACGCACACCCUCACGGGUCGGUUGAUCCCAACAACCCUCCGUGGCCAGCGUACCGUGGCUACCACGAGUACUCGUUCGCACAUGCAACGAUGGGGGUUCGGUUGCCUACCAUCCUUGGCAAAGCUAUAGACGAUGCAUCACGAACUCUAAAUGAGCAGUCUGCCGAAGACAAGAUUGUUGACCUUGUAGAAUGUUUGGAGAGAAUGGACGCCCUCAUGGCCGAUCUCAGUGGAAAUGCUAAGCUUAGGCCAAUCGUUGAUGACGGUGAAGGUGACGUGGCUCUAUGGAAUAAGGAAAUUGCAAAGUAUUUCCAGGGCAAGGAUUUCAUGAAUGCGCCUUGGUUGUUCGCCGAAGCCUAUAAGUAUCGUCGUCUGCAUGAGUGCUUCAGUGUAAGCAAGUACUGGCAUGACUAUGAUGUUUUCUACCGUCAAAAGUGUGACACUUUUUCAAGAUCGACAGACGCUGUCUUUGAGCUGUCUAUGCGCUUUGCUGAGCCUUUCAAGCAGUCAGAGAACAUGUCAGACAAAGAGAAAGCAGAAAGCGAGAGACUCAUGUUUUUGGAGUUGACUCAAGUGUGUCUGUGGGGCAACUCGACUGACCUUUCACUCUUGAUCAACAUGACGGAAGAACAGAUCAAAUCUCUCCAGUCAACUGGAGGAGACCACCUUGCUGCCACUGAAAAGAAUAUUCUUGGCAACCAUCUAAACCAGCUUUGGGAGACUGUCAAAGUCCUCCGCGAAAAGACUGGUGGACGAAUUGACUUCGUGUUGGAUAACGCCGGGUUUGAAUUGUAUUGCGAUUUCGUGUACGCCGAUUUCCUCAUACAGACUGGUCUGGCUAAGCAGAUUCGGUUCCAUGGCAAGCGUUAUCCAUGGUUCGUAUCUGAUGUGACGCGGAAAGACUGGGACUGGUUACUGAACACCAUGGUAUAUGGGCACCUGUUCCCAAAAGCCUCCGAGGUUGAGCGAGAGUCGCUACGGAGACUCGGGGCCCGGUGGAAGCAAUACGAGAAAGAUGGCAGAUGGCAAUAUGAGCAACAUCCUUUCUGGUGCACUGGAUAUACGUUCUGGGACCUUCACAGCGAGGCACCGGAUCUCUUCCUCCAUCUGUCUCGCGCAGAUCUCGUCUACUUCAAAGGCGACUUGAACCACAGGAAGUUGACGUAUGAUUGUGCUGCACCGGCCAGCGUUCCAUUCGACAUUGCCAUUGGACCCAUGGCUAGCGCUGCUGGAGCUCCAAAGAUUUGCAGUCUGCGGACAAUAAAAAGCGACGUUGUUGUCGGGCUAGGAGAGACAAUGAAGGAAGAGCCAGGCUGGAAGAUCAGCGGGAAAUAUGCUGUUGUACUGCUGUCAGAGGGUCGACCGGGGGAGAAAGUGCGGUUUGCUUGA